UGGGAGCAGGGAGGCUGUGGGGGAGGGAAGUUGAGAGAUUGUCCACAGAAGGGGGUCACAGCACCUAGGGACACCUUCCAGGCUAAAGACUGUCUGGGAGAACGGGUGCUCACGCAUGUCUUAUAAGAGUCCUUAGUAGGUAGGGCCUGCCACGGCAUCCCCUAGACCCCACUAUGUUUCUCUUUUCCCGUAAGACCAAGACUCCCAUCAGCACCUAUGCUGAUUCCUACAGAGCUCCUACCUCCAUCAAGGAGGUCUAUAAGGACCCACCUCUGUGGGCCUGGGAAGCCAACAAGUUUGUGACUCGGGGACUUUCUCAGACCAUGCAGCGCCACGUGGAUCCCGAAGCCCUGCAGAAGAUGCUCAAAUGUGCUGUGCAGGACUACAGCUAUAAGAGUUCCCUGCCAGGCCACCCAUACCUGCCUGAGAAAUACUGGCUCUCUCAACCAGCAGAUAGGUGCAACCCAAACUACCUGUGCAGUGACCAGUAUAACGCAUGGAGAACAGAACCUUACUACUGCAACGGCUGGGACAACAAAUACAUCACAUGCCUUCCCCGGCUGCCUAAGGAGGCGGGAAUGGAGACGGCACUUGGAGGGAUGCCCUUGGAGUGUCCUCCUAAACCGGAGCGACUCAAUGCCUACGAGCGCGACGUGGUGGUGAAGGUGCUCAACUCGCUGACACGACGGCAGCAGCUGCCGCAGAUCCCGCCCCGCUGCGGGUGCCUGGACCCCCUGCAGGGGCGCCUGCCCUGCCGGGGCUAUGUGAGCCCUUGCUCGGGCCGCCACUACUGCCUGCGCGGGAUGGACUACUGCGUCUCCGGGGCUCCCUGCGCCGAGCGCCAGCGGGCCUUGUGCGCACAGCCGUCUGUAAGGUGUCUAGCACCCUGCGAGUACCGGCCCGGAAUGCAGUGUGCUGUUAUACCUCCCCCGCCGUCAUACUACCCGUGUCCGAACCUUAGAUGGGACACAAGUCAUUUCAAGAAGACCGGUGGCCCCCAGAGAAACAACUAUGUCGUCCACCCUGAGUUUGUGUCUGAGACCUAUCCUGACUACCACUGCUAUUAGAGCCUGGCGGGGCCAAGGGGGCUGAGCAAUAAAUAAACUUCACCCCAAAGGCUGCCUUACCCGCUGUGUCCUUAC